AUGUCGAACUCGUUAAUUGACUUUUGCUCUUUGACUUCCCAAUUAGAGCAUUCUGUGGCCUCUCAAAAGUUCCAGAACUUACCCUCCCUUCUCGAAAACGACACCGAUCUCGUUUACUUUCUCAGUUUUAUUCCCCAGUUCCACAAAAAUGUCCGCAAAGCCGCUUGGAAGAGCUGUCAAAAGAAGUUCAAAUCAUCGAAUGGCGCUGAAAUGAUCGAAGAAGCUUUUAAAAAUCAGAAAACAGAAGAACUGCGAAAGGAUUUCUUGUAUUUUAUCAGCUCAUACGGGGACCCGAAAUGUCUUCUUGGGCUGGAAACCUUUUCCUGGCUGGUUAAAAGGACUGAAGAAGCGAUUCAAUCACUCGAAGAUCUUCAAGAUUUAGCCACAUUGACGAAAAUACUCAACUCUACGAUAAAAGUCCUUUCAGAGAGUCAAAUCGCUUCAGUCUCCACUCUCAUCCCUUUCAUGAAAAACGCCCUUCAGAAAACUGAAUUUCAUCUUCACAUAGAACUCUGUGCAUCCUGCGCUGUUACCAUCGUUAAUUUUGGGAUUGUGAAACAAUUUAGUCCCGACGAGUUUUUCGCCUUUUUGGAAUUGGAAAAAGAAGACAAUGAUGUGGUUUAUAAGUUGUUUAUUGUUCGAGCUUUGGUUUCGUGUCUGCCGGAAGAAUCGCUGCUCAUGGACUUUGAGAGCUGGAGAAUUUGCGACUUUUUGAUUGCGACGAUGAUUGACAUUAGCUUGAAAACUACCCUUCAACCAACCCAAAUCUGCUACGCUGUCCGAGGCCUCACCGAGUCUGUCGAAUUCUUCCAGCGCAAGAAAAUCUCUCUUUCAGAAGAAAUUUUCUCCCUUCUCCAAAAAAGCGGGAUCUUGACGAAGAUGAGCGAGCAUCCUCUCGACGUCGUCCGUGUCAACUCUUGGAAAUUAAUCAAAAUCGUUGCGCAACAUAAACUUUCAACUACAACGGAAGAUUUGAUUAGACUUGAGGUUAUAACAAUCAUCAAUAAUGGUUUCUCGACGAGAAGCGAAACAAUCUGGCUAACGAAUUUGAUGGACCCAGUCAUUUUGGAAUCUAAUAUUUUGCGAAUCGCGAAAAUCGUCGAAAAAGCACUUGAAAACGGAAAAGAACAGUCGAUGGCUCCUCUAUCCGGCGCUCUUCUUGGAAAAUGCUUCGAAGUUUGUCCAGAAACAACUCUCUUUUCAAUCAUGUGCCGCUUCCCGAUCAUUUGCGACAAGUACGACCCAAACGCGAGGAGGCUCUUUUUCGAAGUGAUUCUGCCGAAAAUGCUGGCGACGAAAAAAGUCGGCGAGGCUUUCCUUUCCCAUUGCAAGAACUUCAAAUCGCCAGAAACGACUCAAUUGAUCAUUUCAAUUUUGAAGCUCCAAAAGACCUCUUUCUCCGAUGGACUGAUUUCGACUGAUGAUUUGAAACAACUUCUUUUCUCGAAAUCCAUUGAUUCCCGACUCAACACUCUUGGCUACAUAACGACCUCCUGGAAAACAGCGAUGCCCUUUUCAACCCUUUCGUUGGAUCUCAUCAGAACAUCUAUUUCUUGCAAUUUGAAUCUCCAGCGACCUUCGCACCGCCAGCUUUUGAAUUCCAUCCUUUCUCGAGUCUUUUCUCGUUUCGACGCUAGUUUCGUUUACUCAAAGUCUCAGGAAGAUUAUUUAAAAUUCAUCGAAUUCAUCGUCAAUCUGUCUUUGAAUGAGCUCGUUCCUGGCGCUUCUAUGGCUCGUAAUAGUCUUAUUUUGACUUACUUGAACUACGUAAUGGAUUUACGCAACGAUUCUCUACGAAAACACGUGAUCAAAGUCAUUUCAAAACUGACCGAUAUUCUUUUUGAACGACUCAAGUCCCUCCUCUUCAAUUCCUUCCAAGAAGUCGCCAAGAACGCCCAGCAAACGCUCCUCAAACUUUCCAAUCUUUGCAAAUUUACCCCGUCUUCCCAAGUCAAAAGUAUAGAACUGUUGAGGAAGAGCAAGAGUCUCAGCGAUUCCAGCGGUCUCGUCUACUUACUUAUCUUUGAUCUGGAAUCGGAGGCGCGGCGAGAAAAGAUUCCGAUUGAAAAGCUCGCCGGAAACUUUGUCCUCGAGAUAUGUGAGAAGCUAGACGAAGACUUAGGGAACGCUGAUCUGGCUUCCUGUGCGACGAGUAAGCCUCACUAUGGACUGCUUGCGGGGCUUGAGGCUCUUCUCCCUUACUUGAAAAACGCCCAUUCCUCUAUGAAAGAAAUUCUCGCCCAAAAGUUGCUAAAUAUCUGCGCGAAAGCAAACGAUUUCGCCAUCCCAGUCGUCAACGCUUCUUCUCCCGAAGGCUUUCUUCCUGAGUCCGACAUUUCCAAAGACUUUGAGUCGCUCAAACUCGAUGGACGAAGAAUCGGCUCUGACUCUACUGAACUCGCGCAAUUAUUGCUCGUCAUGUGCUGGAGAAUCACGAAGUCAGUUUCGAUGCUGAUGGGAUCGAUGUGCGCGGUACUGAGUGCGCAAAUCGAGUGCUAUGAGAAAUGUGCGGCUUAUUUUGUGACGCAGUUAACCAAAGGAAGACACAGAGGGGCAUUUGAGCUGGCUGCCACAGGAUUCACCGAGCUAUGCCAAGAAGUCCGUAAGCAAAAAGACCCGCGUUUCUCGAAGCUUCUUGAUAAAUGGCUUGACGAUUGUCUGGCUAUCUUGAAGGAUGAGGAAAAGGUGAAACGUUUAUGCAAUACGCGUCGUUCUGCGGGUCUGCCAUUUAUGUUUGUCGCCAUUUGUUCAGCAGACGUCGGGACGAGAUCGAAGCCAUUGCUAAUUAGGACACUGGCGGAAAUUUUCCCCCUGGCCGAGGAUCUGUCCGACGAAGAAGUCGCCUGCCAUGCUAGGAAUAUUCUAAGAGCUUUAUUUCGCGAGUCAAACUUCGGCGAAGACGUCCUCCAAUACGCUGAAAAAGCGAUGGUCAUGUCGAUCGCUGGAUUCGCUGAUAAGACCUGGGCGCUGAGGAAUACCAGUGCGAUGAUGUACUCGACUCUGAGUUCGAGAAUAUUUGGAUGCGAUAACUGUGGAAACUUUUUUCGUCGUGAAGAUCAACUGGAGAAUCACAAACUUCGCUGCAAAGAAGAUUCCGAGGAAGAAGUGGAUGAAUUUGAGCCAGAAGAGCUAGAGCCAGAUGAGUUAGUUGCAGAAGAACCGCUGGAGGAUCUGGAAGCAAACGACGAAGUUGAAUGUGAAUAUUGCGAGAAAACUUUCGAUACUAUGAUGAAUCUCAGGAGACAUAUUUCUAAAGCUCAUCCCAACAAAAAGCAUUACAAGUGUGAAAAGGGCGGAGUAGCAUUCAAAAGAUUCCGCGAGCUUAGGGAUCAUGAAAACGGAUGUGCGCGUGUUGAAGAAGAAGAAGAAGACGAAGAAAAGGAAGGAUCUGGGGAAGAGUCUGACGACGAGAGCGAAGAAUCGGACGUUCCGAGUAAUUUUAAGCCAGCCCAUCUGAAGGAGAAGCCUUUCACGUGCGACGAUUGUGGAAAACGGUUCAGAACAAAAAGCAACUUAUCGCAACAUGAAAUGGUCCAUAAAGACGUCUAUCCCUUUAGCUGUGAAAAAUGUGGAUCAAGGUUCAAAUGGCAAGCUGGACUCUCUCGGCAUAGAAAAAAACAGAAAGAAAAAUGUAAACUUCUUCAGAUGAAUCAAAAAUCCAACGAUGAACACGAAGAACCAAAAGUCGAAGAAGUUACUAUUGAAGAGGUGUCUGAUGACGAUUUCCAGGAUUUUGAGGAAUUGAACGGCAAAGAAGAAUCUAUUGAUGAAUAUGAAGAAGAGAUCGCCCCCUCAAAUUUGAAAAAGAGAAAAAGAUCAACUUCUAAAUCAAAGAGCAAGACUUAUAAGUGUGAUGAAUGUGGACAACAGUUCCGAUCAAGAAAUGGUUGGAAGGAUCACCAAAAGCUUCACAGUGAAGUCUUUGAAUAUUCUUGUGAGGAGUGCGGGUUGCAAUUCAAGCUGCGUCAGACGCUUAAUUCUCAUAAGCGAAGAUGCCAUCCGCAUAAAAACAGCGAGAUAAACAUCGUGGAAAUAACAAUUGAAGAAGACUCUUAUGAAAUUGAGAUUUCUACGGAGGAAGAAAAAUCUUUCGCCGAAUCUAAAGGCUCUUCCACUACUUCGAAACGCAGAGAAAAGAAAGAUUCUUACAAGUGCGAUGAAUGUGGAAAAGAAUUCAAGUGGCAUUGCGAGCUCAAAAAUCACCGAAAAAUUCACGGAAAUGUUUAUUCUUACCGCUGCGAAAAAUGCGGAUCGAAAUUCAAGCAGCCACAGGGCCUUUACGGCCAUAGAAAGAACCAAAAAGAACUCUGCAAUUUUCUUACAAUUGACUUCACUUCGAUACCUAAAGACGAUGAAAAUGAGGAAAUAAAACUUGAGGAAAUGACAAUCGAAGAGGUGCUGGAAGAUAAGUUCAAUGAAUUAGAGCUGGAAGAAUCAACAGUUUCAAAUCAGUCGAAAGAAAAAGUAUCUGGCGUCAACGAAGAUGAUUCUUUCAAAGUUCCCAAAUCACCGAAGAUCCCUACGUUGAUAAUACCUAAAGAAGAUCUCAAACGACCAAAGAAAGUCUCCAAGCAGAAAACACUGAUGCGAAAGCGCAAGCACUUGAAAAUCAAAGCUCGACGGAUCAUCAACCGAGUAAUGCACUACCACGUCAACGAGGAAGACGAGGACGGAAGUGUGACGCCAAGAUGGCUGCCCAUUUUCGAAGUGAAAGACUUCAACGAUGUGAUUGAAUUCGAAAAGUUCAUGGAUAAAGUAGAAAAGGGCUCGGAAGACGACCGAUUCGUACCUCAAGAAUAG